AUUGCAAUUCGACAUUUUCUGUGAUUGACAAGAACAUUGAACGGAGUAAAUGGUUUUGCUAGGAAGUAUGUUCUUAUUUAUGGUAGCUGAGUAAUAAUUGCGUGGGAGAAUGGACGUGGCGGAGCUGUUCGCGGCGUGCCGUCUAGGCCGUGUGGAGCGCGUGCAGUUCCUGGUGGAGGAGCGCGACGUGGAGUUGAACGUGCGCGACAUGUGGGACAGCACGCCACUGUACUACGCCUGUCUGUGCGGGCACCGCGCGCUCGUGGAGUACCUCCUGCAGCACGGGGCGCGCUGCGAGGCCGACACGUUCGACGGGGAGCGGGCGCUGUACGGGGCGCUGACGGAGGACAUUCGCCGGCUGCUGCUGCAGCACAAGGCCGUCACCAAGCACAUCCUGCGCCGCAACGAGUACGAGGAGUUCCUGCGCGUGUUAUUGGAGAGCGACACGGACGGCCUGGCGGACGUGGCGUUGGUGAUUCACGAGGAGCGCUUCGCGGCGCACAAGUGCAUCCUGGCGGCGCGCUCGCCCUACUUCCGGCGCCAGCUGGCCCGCCGCUGGCGCGACCGCGACGUCAUUCGCAACCAGCACCCGCUGUGUGAUGUGAUCGCAGAAGCUCAAGAUAAACCUGUGGACGCCAGCGCCUUCUCCGCUGUUCUGCGCUACAUCUACGUCGGCCGGCUGGAGAUCGACGUGGAGCUGGUGGAUGACUGUCUGCGGCUGUGCAAGCAGUUCGGGCUGGAUCAUUUGGAGGAGCGACUGCGCCGGCAGAAGGCCGAGGCCAAGUUCUUCGUGGCCACCAAGAUGGGCCGCACCCGUGUGCGCACGCUGGUGAUUGAGCCGCGCGCCGGCCAGCACGAACUGCACGCCGACCUGGCGCAGCUGGCCCGCCACGCGCUGCCGCCCGCCGACUUCCACUGCCUGCCCUUCGACGACGACAACGACGGUCCUGAUGACGAGGACGAGUGGCGCCACCUGGCCGACGUCGUCUUCGUCGUCGAGGGCCAGCACUUCCGCUGCCACAAGGCAUUUUUCUGUUCACGGAGUGAAUUUUUCAAAGCGCUGAUCAACGACCACUUCCACGAGUCCGCCGCCGACCACACCGGCAUCCCCGUCAUCACGCUGCACGACAUCUCCGCCGCGGCCUUCACGGCCGUCGUCUUCUACAUGUACCAAGAUUCCGCGGAGAUUGGCGCGGACAUCGUGACGGAGCUGCUGUUCACGGCGGAGAUGUACCUGCUGCCGGGGCUGAAGAAGCAGUGCGCCGGCGUCAUGGCCGACCAUCUGGACUGCGGCAACGUGGUGGGGGUGCUGCGGGUGGCGCGUCAGCUGCAACUGCCACGGUUGCAGGCCGCCUGCGUUGAGUUCAUCGCCAAGAACAUCGAGACGUUGAUCCGCAGCGCGGAGCUGCAGGCGCUGAUCGUGGAGGACGCGCAGGAUGUGCAGGAGCGCCAGGAGACGGACACGAUCGACGUGGUGGACGACAUCCGCUUCUACGUCACCAGCAACGUGCAGACCACCAGCCAGAUGGCCGACGCGCGGGACCGUCUGGCGCUCAUCGACGGCCUGCUGGAGCAGCUCGGGCUGGACGCCUAACGGGCGGCACUGCCACGGUACUCUAGCCAACCUCUUUCCCAAUGCAGCGAAAUUCUAUUAAAUUCGGGAUUCAGUUUUUCCCUUUGGGCUUUUACUCUCCGGCGUGAUCUUCUUGAUGGCAACAAAACCAAUUUUUCUAUGAGCCUUUGUAUCUAGUUUUCGUUUCCGGGGGUGGUUUUACCAAUAAAUUAAAAUGUGACAAAAUAAUUGCAUUUAUAUUAAACGCAUU